AUGCCGAGGCGUUGCUUGAGGUGCCAUGAGCCGCAUUGGCGCCUUAGCGAAUCAAAGCAGAGCGGCCGACAACAGGCAUGUGUGUGUGGGGCCAAAGUGCAUGGUGCGAGUCGGAGUGUUGCCAUUGUGUUUUGCCGGCAGGAAGGCGUCGGUGACGGGGAAAGGAAAUCUGCGAUGCCGCAACCAACAAGAUGCGCAUUGCUGUGUGCUGGAAUACAGGGAGAGGAUUGCCGGAUGAGAAACGUGGGCAUGUUUGCCCAGGGCUUCUUGUAUACGCUGAGGCUCAAACUUCUGGGCUUGUUGGAAAAUGAAGCCAAGACUUAG